GUCAUACUGCCAUCGACACACAAUGCUGCCCCCUUCAAUCCAGACUUUUACCCCGCAUCAACUACCAUUGCAGGAAAUGGAAGACAUCACUGUCGUGCCCGAGACCACCAUGGCGGCUACCAGCUCGAAUGGCGAUCCGAAGCCCCGGAAGAUGAGAGCCUCAUGCGACGCUUGCUCCCGUGCCAAAGUUAAAUGUGACAAAGUACGACCGACCUGCCAGCGAUGCGGGAACAUGAAUGUCUGCUGCAAUUACUCCCCGUCUAUGAGAUUGGGUAAACCGCGCAAGCACAGAAACCCAGACGGAACUCUCAAGCGCGAAGUGUCGCCUGCUGGCUCCUAUGGACCGCUAGGAGCUAGAUUUGAUCUCAUCCCACGCACCGCCGCCUCUCAUACCUAUGAGAGUUCGCCGGAGCCAACGGACCCGUUUUACUUUGGCCCCAGCACACCGGAAUUUCAAUACCAAGAUGCCUUUGUCGGCAACAACUUCAGUGGCAGUCGGUCGCCAGCAUGCUCUGAAGGUACAGUCUCUCUCGUCGGCGCGUGGUCCAAUGACGAGCAAAUCAUGUUUGGCAACCCGGCGGACAUGUUUGUUCAAAUGCCACACUACCUCCCGCAACAAACUCCUGUCCACGGGCAUAUCCGGUCCACCAGCACACAAAGCCAACCAGAGCUGUAUGCAUCACUCGACUCGCAACACCCCUCCCCAGACUCGCGACCACAGUUGCUCGACAUGCAACAAAACAUGUAUCUGCCCCAAGAAAAGACUGCAGACUCCCCGUCCCCAAUGCUAUCAGCACCUCUACCCACGCCCCCAGCUUCCAGCAGCCUGCCCACCCACGACUGCACGCUAUCCGCCUUCCAGACUCUCAACAGCCUGUACGCACCAUCAGGGGCCCUGACACCCGGCGGCUCUCCCACCCUCGAAUGCAUCCUGUCCACCAACAAAGCCGCCGUCGACACUCUCUACGCGCUACUCAACUGCGACUGCACAUCAACGCCCCACUUCUCCUCGACCAUCAACCUCGCCAUUAUGAAGAUCCUCUCAUGGCACCAAGCCAUUGCGCGCGCCCACGAUCCACGCGGGCUCUUCUCCCCACAUCUCGACACCCACACUGAAGUCUACACUGCACCACCACCAGCACCACCAUCACACCACGCCUCUCCCGACACCACCACCAGCAGCGACACCGAAUGCGCGCGCCGCACAAACCUCGUUCUCUCGGAACUCUGCAGGAUAGAAAAGCUAAUCGACAGGUUCGCCGAGCGCUACUGCCAGUACAUGACCGGCGGUAGUAAUGCAGCCGCGAAGCCAGAUAGCGCGAGCGGCGUCCAUCUCGCCAUGGAAGCGUCGCUCAGAACACGCGUCAGAGACACCUUUCGCGUUACCAUGGCUGUGGCACCCGAGAGCGUCAAGAGGCGGUUGGCUGCUGCGUCGAGGACAAGCACUACCAGCACCAGCAGCAUGACGGCAGUUACUACAGCAGGGGCGGCGGCCACAAUGCAGAGUCGAGUGCGUGUGAAUACCGUGUAGACUGUGUUCCAUUCGGGUUACUUAUGUCGAUAUGACUAUCUCACGCUUUUUUUCUUUUCUCUUUCCCUUUCUCUUCUGUUUCUUUUUUUUCAUUUUCUCUUCCAUUUCAUCUCAUUUUCAUUCCCACUUUCUCCGCUGAGCAAGCGUCUCCCCCGCUCCUGAGAUUCCUUGAUACCAUAGAAUUAUUUCCUUUUCCAAUUACAC